AUCGUCAGCGGCCGUAACCCCACCGCAGUCGAAGUUGCUAGGGCCGCCAUGACAAACACAUCCGCCCCUCAUUUUGGUCAAGUCUUUGUGAUGGACGACCCUCUGACUCUUGGCCCCAACAUAACUUCCAAACUUGUGGGAAGAGCACAAGGAAUCUACGCCUCCGCAUCACAAAGCGAUUGGGCAUUUUUAAUGGCGCUCAAUUUCGCGUUCAUGGAAGGAAAGUAUAAUGGGAGCAACCUUAGCAUCUUGGGGCGGAACGCAAUACUCUCCGACGUAAGAGAGAUGCCAAUUGUUGGCGGCAGCGGAGUUUUCCGGUUUGCACGUGGGUAUGCUCAGGCGAGGACUCACACGGUUGACUUGAAAACUUUAGAUGCUGUUGUGGAGUAUAAUGUGUAUGUGCUCCACCAUUGAGGGAAAAUUAAUAGAUUGACCCAGGAGUUUGUAAUAAUGUAUAUAGAAGUGUGGAGAAAUUUGUACCUUUCUGCCUCCAACACAACAUCCAACGCAAGACUUCCGUAAUCAAUUGGAAAUAAAAGUAGCCCUCAGUG